AUGAGAUGGGCAGUGACUCUACAGAGGGCAUGGAAGUCUCCUCAGCGUGAGGAGAAGGAGCUGGCCUUUGGGCAGAGAGGAAAUGUCGGGCCCGCGAAGGACACAGCCCUGGAGGGCUUCUCUUCAUGGGAAGAGGGAGCCUUCCUCUUAACAUGCUGGAAUACACCCACCACUGCCGAGCUCACUAUUGAGCUAGUGCCCCCCAAGGUGGCUGAAGGCGGAAACUCGGUUCUAUUUGUGCAUCAAAUGCCAUUCAACGUCCAGGCAUUUUACUGGUACAAACAGAAAGACCCAACCAAGAGCUAUGAAGUUGCCAGGUACUUAACACCCGAUAACACAACCUCAAAGAUGCCUCAACACAACGGUAGGAGAACGGUAUUCUACAGCGGCUCCCUGCUGAUCAGAAACGUCACCCAGGCCGACAGUGGAGUCUACACCUUACUAACAUUCAACACAGAAAUGGAAACGGAACUAACACACGUGCAUCUGGAAGUACACGAGCCUGUGGCACAGCCCACCCUCCAAGCAGACAGCACCACAGUAACAGAUGGCGGCUCUGUGACCCUCACCUGCCUCCCGGAAGCCCCCGGACUCUCCAUCCGCUGGCUCUUCAAUCACCAGAGCCUGUAUUUCAAUGGCAGGAUGACACUGUCCCAGAAAAACAGCCGGCUCCGCAUAGAUCCCGUCAGGAGGGAGAAUGCCGGGGAGUACCAGUGUGAGGUGUCCAAUGGGUACAGUUCUAAGACGAGUCCCCCAAUCCAAAUAUCUGUGACCAGUGAGUGACCUCUCCUCUCUCCAGGCACCACAGUGGGGGGACUUCUUUGUCAAUGAUAUGGAAAAUGGAGAAAUAUUCUAGGGGGAAAGCCACAAACUCACUGAGAUCCUCCUGCCGCUGCCUCCCCAGUGCUGAGA